AUGGACCGCGAGCCUCGAAUUGAAGCUAAUCAACUGGUAGAUUGUUAUGCUGCCUUGCAAGAGGAAGGUCGUGACUGUGGUGGAGUGGUGGAGGGUGCUGAUGCACCAAUGUUUUGGGAUGAUAUGAACAGAGAUGAUGAUAAUGCGAAUGUAAAGUUUUCUCAGUCCUUAACUGCUGUGGUUGCAGAGCCCACAUUAGGAAUGGAGUUUCCUUCAGAGGAUGAUGCCAGGAAUUUUUACAAUGCAUAUGCUAAGCAAUCAGGAUUUAGUAUCCGUGUGAACUCAUAUUACCGGUCAAAAAAGGACAACUCUAUUAUAUCUAGAGAGUUUUGUUGUGGUGAUGAAACAAGGAGGCUCCGUUCUCGGCCUAUUCCAAGAGAAGGUUGUAAGGCAAUGAUGACCGUGAGGAGAAGAGAUAAUGGGAAAUGGUAUGUUGCAAAAUCAGAGAAGAAUCACAAUCAUGAGAUGGUGACUCCAACAAUGCGACAUGUUCUUAGGUCACACAGGGAGGAAUUUGAUCCAAAGAAUAACUUAAGCAGCUCAUUCAGUAACCAUGGGAUGGGGUCAGAUGCUUCUGCAUCUUUAAGUGAUAUGAUUGAAGAUAGCAAUCAUGUUGGCAAAAUGGUAUUUAGUUCCCAGAACUGCAUUAAUUAUAUAGGAAGAGGACGGCUAAGCACUUUUGGGAUUGAUGCGCAAAGUCUUCUUGGAUUUUUCAAUAUUAUGCAAGUUAGUGAUCUUGCAUUUUAUUACGCAAUACAGGUUGAUGAAGAGGAUAGGCUAAGUAGUGUUUUUUGGGUCGACACAAGAUCAAGAAUUUCAUACAAUUGUUUAUCAGAUGUCGUGGCUUUUGAUACCACUUAUCAAGUGAAUCAGUACAAGAUGCCUUUUGCACCUUUUACUGGAGUAAAUCAUCAUAAACAGUCAGUUCUGUUUGGCUGUGCAUUACUUGCAGAUGAGACAGAAUCAACUUUUAUUUGGCUUUUCACAACUUGGCUUGAGGCCAUGUGUGGACAGCAACCAGGGUUAAUCAUAACUGAUUAUUAUCCUGCCAUAACUAGAGCAGUAGAGAGGGUUUUCCCACAAUCUACCCAUCGAUAUUGCAAGUGGCACAUUAUAAGCAAAAUGCCAAAGGAAAUGGGGCAUGCAUAUAGUGCACUUCCAAAGACAUUUCAAGUGGAAUUUGAUAAAUGCAUUAAUAAAACUGAGACAUCUGAAGAGUUUGAAUCGGCUUGGCGGUUGCUUCUUGAUAAAUACAAUCUUAGAGGAAAUGAAUGGCUUCAGUCACUUUAUAUUGACCGCAAGUUAUGGGUCCCAGUAUAUGUAAGAGACACAUUCUUUGCAGGCAAGCAAUAUGAGAAGGCUUUGGAAGAUCGAUAUGAAAAAGAAGCAAAGGCAGAAUUUGAGACUUUUUACACUAAACCUGUAUUAAAGACACCACUUCCUAUGGAGAAGCAAGCAGCAGAAGUUUACACAAGAAAAUUGUUUGCAGUUGUUCAGGAAGAAAUCUUUGAAUCUCCUUUGUUUGCUGUGAAGUUAAACAGAAAUGAUGAAAGAACCCACAGAUGUGAAGUAGCAAGGUUUGAUGAAGAACACAAACAUGUGAUUGCAGUAUUCAAGGCUACAAACUUGUUUGUGUUCCCACUGCAUUAUAUAUUAAAGCGAUGGACAAGAAAUGCUAAGGAUGAGGUCAUGUUGGAUGUACCAUCCUCUCUUGAGAUGCGUGGAAAUUCUAGAAGAGGAAAGAAUUCACAUUACAAUAUUUUGUAUCAAGAAGCAAUUAAAUGUGCGGAGGAAGGUAUGGCAUCUGAUCAUAGUUUUAAGAUGGCACUGAAUGCCUUGAGAGAUGCUAGGAUCAAGAUUAUUGGUGCAAAGAAAAAUGCCAUUGAUGCACAAAAACUUGAAACCAUGCCCAGCACUAGCAGUCAGGAUGAGAACACAAUGUCUAGUCAGGACAAUGAAAAUCAGAAGCUUUCCUAUGCGGCCGAUCCACUUGGGACAGGCGAUAACAAUCCUGCAAAUUGA